AACUACAACCAGCCAACCCAACACAACCCACCACAACAACUACUCCUCCACCAACUACAUCUACGGCUAUGCUCACAACUACUACCAGUCUACUCCACCAACUACGCUCUCAACUACAACCAGCCAAACCACAACAUCUCCACCAACUACAACUAUGGUCACAACUACAGCCAAUCAAUCCACCACAACAACUACACCUCCUUCAUUCUCCAUCCUAAAAUCAACGCUGGAUCCAGGACCGUUUGCAGCUCCUGUUGCCCCUCUGACUACAGCUGCUCCACAACCACCUAUGUUGACAUUCAUGUCUAAUAUAACAACCACAUCUUCACUCAUGAUCACACAUCAACCAAAUAAGACUGCAGUCUUACCUACAACCGACCAACCCACAACAACUGCACUUCCUACAACCUCCAUCCUAAACUCCAAGCUGGACGCAGGACCAUAUUAUGUUUUGGCUCUGAAUGCAAAGAUCUCCACCACACUGUCAAUGGAAAAUGACUCUGCAACCAUCAUAAACCUGAUCAAAGAUGAGCUGAUGAGACAAGGACUGCCAUCAGACAUAAUAGUGGAGCUGCUCAGCAGUGGAGCAGUGAAAUUUACAACAGUCUCCCCCUAGUGGCUAAAUAUGAGAAUGAACUUGAUCCUGAAAUAUGAUUUAAUGUCACUUGUUUUUCUUUAAUCUCUCAUCUGCAUCAUGGAGUUAUUCUUAUUUGAAUCAAUGAAAGGGAAAGGUUAUUAUUCCUUUUGUUGAAUGUGGACAAAGACUGCAAAGCCAGAAUACUCUGAUAGAAAUUGUUCACCAAUUGAUGCAAACAGUAAAAUGUCCCUUGGCCCAGUAAUAAGCCUUUUAAGGGACAGUUUUUGGAUAAAGAAAUGGUAAUGUUAUAAUGAAAUGUCACGUUCUUAAAGAUCUAGAACAUUUCACACUGUAACUGGAAAACAUAAUAUCCAAAAUAAAUAAACAACAGAAACAACAAAUAAAAUAAUCUAUAAAGUCUCUAAACAAAAUAGUCCUUAAAAAAAGGUUAGUUGAGACCAAAACAACAGACUGGAGACUUUUCUUAUACAGUUUUUGGUAGAAAAAAAAGAGAAAAACGACAAAUGGAAAGGAAUUUGUUUUCAUUUAUCAUGUGAUUAAUUUAUCGCUUACUGCAACAAGUUUAUUCAGGCAUUUGACUAAAAUGCAACUUAGAUGUUUUCUUUCUAGUUGGAUAAACCAUGGAAUAAAUGAACAAGUACCAAAUAAAUGAGCAAAUACCUGGUUUAUUUGGCAUGCCGUAGCAGUGACUGAACAUGUCAACUUAAAGUUGAAUAUUUGUAGACUCUGAAGCAGAAAACUGGUUGACCAUUGAUCCAAUGUUUGCACAUGAAAACGGCCCUUCUCCAUUCAGACUAACAAUACAAUAAAGACACAA